CGACUCAAACACUAACCAAAAUACGUUUUCCCUUUCUCUGGUUUCUCUCCUUUCGUCACUGCUUUCCUCUCCUUACUUUCCCUUCCGCUGUUCCUUGCCUCACCGUCCGAUCGAAGGGGCCAGGCGACACCGGUCGACUAUCUGCUAGCUGGACGGUUCUCUCGGAGCGCAGAUCUGACGUCGGAGUCAAAAAAUUUGGAUAUCCUUUUUUAUAGGCCUGAUGCAGCGCCAGCAGACGUUGGAUCCAUGUUCCAGAAUUGGAUCGGCACUCCAGUGGUGCCGACCUGUGUGUGCCUGGAGGACAGAUCCGACGCAGUUGAGUACCGGAUGGGACUCAAACAGCAUCGAAACGGUGUUCUGUUUCCUACCAAUUCGUGGCGCCAACCGCAUUGGACGGCCACGACCGGUGUUCUCGGGUGCCAGUGCGAGCAGUGACCCGUAGCGCCGACCAGACACCUUGGAUCCGUCUUUUGUCAAACCCUAACUUGCUCUCAUUAGAUCGAGCUGCCGAUUGAGGCGUUUCUAGAGGGUCAGGCACCUAAAUAGAGCUCAUACCUCGUAAUAAAAUCUCCUGGAAUAAAUAUGCUCAAGUUUUUGUAACCACACACACAGCAAAAGGCAAAUAAUUUCUCAAUAUGGUAGUGGUUUAGUUCUGCAUUGGUUGAAGGAGAUGAAACUUUGAAAUUUUUUACAAAUUAUCUUGGGAAACCCAGCCUGUGAUCUCAUUUUAAUGCAGGUUUGCUUCUGAUUUCAUUUCAUUUCAUGAGGAAAUUGAGUGCAAGAACUUACGUAUUAAUUGAAAGCACAGAGUGCUCUAGAUGGUGCAAUACUGCAAUGAUAUUUCUGCCUAUCUGGGAUUCAGUUAGCACAAAUACAAUACGGGUUUACAUUUUGCAAAGAUUUUGCAUAUCAAAGUAAUUUCAAUAUUAAAGUUAAAUGGUCAAUCAUUUGGUUUCUUCAUUAAAUAAUUGAAGAAACAGAAACUAGGCAUUUGGAUCCUCAGUAUUCCUGUGGGCACUGUGUAAUUUUUUUGUGAUGCAUCAUCUCUUCUUGUAUUUAUUUAAGGCUUUUUGCAAACUUGGGAGGUAACGUUUAAGCGGUUUUACAUUUUUACAUGAAGCCAAGUUUGUGGAUGCAUUGAAUAAGCUUGUGAAGGUACCUGUGCUAAUCAAUGGUUUCAGAUCCAGUUAUCCUGAGACAUACUGUGUCUUUUCAUUUCUGCUUAAAUGCAUUCAUGUUUUGUUCUGAAAUUGCCUGUGUGAUCAUGCAUACUUCUGGCAUUGACCACUAUCCUAGGUGAGUACUAGUAUUAAGUAUUAGAUAUAAUUGUGCCUAAUUUAGAACUAUGUUGCCAUUAUUCAUGAAUAUAUUGAUUGUUUACUUGUUGCCAUGCAUGGACCAUUUUCUAAGAUUGUCUGUUUGGCCAUUGCCUUGAGGUGAUGAUUUUCACUUGAUGCGUGAAGCUUCUGGGGAAAAUGUGAAAUCUCGUAAUUUCUGGUUUUAGUCUUUUUAGUAGUUCUUAACUUCAGCUUAUUUCAUAUAUUUUAAUUAGUUUUGGAUUUGUAAAUGUCCAUUAUUAUUAAUCUUUGUUUUCAGUUGCAAGUUUAUUUAAUUUUAAUGUUUUAAAAGUUGGUUAGCAGCAAAUUAUUUUUAUUUAUUUGUCUUUGGAUGAAUGAUGCUAUUCACUGUCUUAGAUUAGUAUCUUGUUACAUAUUCAGAAGCUAGUGUUGGUCAAUCUGAGUGGGAUUUGGAUUUUCGACAUUGAUCAUAUAGGUUUACUCUUAAGUAGCAAGUUGCCUUCAAAAUAAUGUGUCAUAAUUCAA